GUUGCCCCCGUUCGGUCCCGUCCUGUCCGGUCCCGUCGCCGUCGGGUCGGAACCUCCGGAGGUUUCCCGCGGACACAGAGUCCGGGCCGGAACCUUCCUGACGGGAGCGCCGGCAGGACCGGAAAAGGAGACUCGCGGCUUCCGGCGUGGGGCUGAGGGAUGGAGACGAUCCUGGAGCAGCAGCGGCGGUACCAUGAGGAGCGGGAGCGGCUGAUGGACGUGAUGGUGAAGGAGAUGCUCACCAAAAAGUCCACGCUCCGUGACCAGAUCAACUCAGACCACCGGACUCGGGCCAUGCAGGACAGGUACAUGGAAGUGAGCGGCAACCUGAGGGACCUGUAUGACGACAAGGACGGCCUAAGGAAGGAAGAGCUCAGUGCCAUUUCAGGGCCCAACGAGUUUGCAGAGUUCUACAACAGACUGAAACAGAUCAAGGAGUUUCACAGGAAGCACCCAAAUGAGAUCUGUGUCCCCAUGUCUGUGGAGUUUGAGGAGCUGCUGAAGGCCAGAGACAACCCCAGUGAAGAAGCUCAAAACCUGGUGGAAUUCACAGAUGAGGAAGGGUAUGGGAGGUACCUGGAUCUUCAUGACUGUUACCUCAAGUACAUCAACCUCAAGUCCUCAGAGAAACUGGAUUAUAUCACUUACUUAUCCACAUUUGACCAACUCUUCGAUAUUCCCAAGGAGAGGAAAAAUGCUGAGUACAAGAGGUACCUUGAAAUGCUUCUGGAGUACCUGCAGGAGUACACAGACCGAGUGAAGCCAUUACUGGACCAGAAUGAGCUUUUUGGGAAAAUUCAGACAGAAUUUGAGAAGAAAUGGGAGAAUGGAACAUUCCCAGGCUGGCCGAAAGAGACCAGCAGUGCACUCACUCAUGCUGGAGCCCAUUUGGACCUCUCUGCCUUUUCCUCCUGGGAGGAAUUGGCCUCCCUGGGUCUGGACAGAUUAAAAUCGGCUUUACUGGCCCUGGGGUUGAAAUGUGGAGGGACUCUGGAGGAGCGUGCUCAGAGACUUUUCAGCACUAAAGGCAAAUCCCUGGAAGCUCUUGAUCCUUCCCUGUUUGCUAAGAACCCAAAGACAAAAGGAAGCAAAAGAGACACUGAAAGAAAUAAAGAUCUUGCAUUCCUGGAAGCUCAGAUUUAUGAGUAUGUGGAGGUUCUUGGGGAACAGAGACACCUCACCCACGAGAACGUGCAGCGUAAGCAGGCACGGACAGGGGAAGAGAGGGAGGAGGAGGAGGAAGAGCAGAUCAGUGAGAGUGAGAGUGAAGAUGAAGAGAAUGAAAUAAUUUAUAAUCCUAAAAAUCUGCCCCUGGGUUGGGAUGGCAAGCCCAUCCCAUACUGGUUGUAUAAAUUACAUGGUCUGAACAUCAACUACAACUGUGAGAUUUGUGGGAACUACACCUACCGUGGGCCCAAGGCCUUCCAGCGGCACUUUGCGGAGUGGCGCCAUGCCCACGGGAUGAGGUGCCUUGGCAUUCCCAACACAGCUCAUUUUGCCAAUGUCACACAGAUUGAGGAUGCAGUCUCAUUGUGGGCAAAGCUGAAACAGCAAAAGGCUUCAGAGAGAUGGCAGCCUGACACAGAGGAGGAAUAUGAGGAUUCCAGUGGGAAUGUGGUGAAUAAAAAGACCUAUGAAGAUCUGAAACGUCAGGGGCUGCUGUAGCUUUUCCCAGGUGAAGGAUUUCAUGUCAGAAAAGCCAAGUGGACAUGUGUCACCAGCUCCAACACUUCCUUCAGUUUCUGGAUUUUCUAUGUGCAUGAAUAUAGAUUUCAAUUACACUUUUUAGAAUCCCUUUCUAGUAAGCCCCUUGUGAAAAGCAGGCUUGUGACAUUAUUUUAUAUUAAAAAAAAAAAGUAAAAGAAAAACCCUUGAAAAAUAAACUGUCUUUAAUUUAGGAAGUGCUGA